CCCUGCGACAUGGUAGUGAUUUUAACGAGCAUUUUUGGACAGUGGAGAAAUUCCUGAUAUUUCCUAAAGAAAUGAGUCACUUAGCUCUUGCCAUGGGUCUGAGAAAGAGCAAGCAGAAAGCUGGCAACAACGAAGAAGCAACAGGAGGAGAAGAAUCGGUUGCAAAGGAAAAUAAUGAAACUAAACCCGAAACCACAAACCAAGCAGGUGAAAUUGAGGAGGGAAAGGAAAAGAAGGAAGAGCAGGCUGAUAAAACAACAGAAGAAAAAUCUGUAGAUGAUAAGCCUAAUGAAGUAGCUUCCAUUGAGCAGAAAAGUGAAGAGAAAGAAGAAGACAACACUUUAGACGAAUCGCAGAAAAAACAUGAAACCCAAGAACAAGCAGAUGGAGAUCAGAAAUGUGUACAAGAGCCUACAGAAGCAGUCCAAUCAGUUACGACUGAGAAUACAGACGAAGGGAUAGAAGAAAAAAGUGGAGGCGACAGCAAUGCCCAAGUGCCUUCUCCUGAGGCAGCCUCUAGUGAGGCCGUUACACCUCCCGUAACUAAUUCACCAGAAAAAGUUACGGACGCAACUGAAUAUAGUGAAAUCCAAAGUGCUGAAGGGAUCAAUGAUGGGACUCUUGCGGAAGAGAGUGAGAAAAAACUCGCCGAAGACCAGAGUUCCGCAACAGCUUCGAGCGAAACCAUGUAUCCAGCAACUUUCAUUUGGGAUGGAGAAGGAAAAGAAGUGGGAGUUUCUGGAAGUUUCAAUAACUGGGGAGAUCCUUGGAGUCUUUCAGAAAGUGAUGGCAAAUUUUCACUCACAAAGUCACUAACAGCUGGUCAGUACCACUUCAAGUUUUAUGUUGAUGGAAAUCAAACAGUCAAUAGUAAUCAGAAAGAAGUGAGAACUCUCACCACACUAUCGGUAACCACUCUGUUCGAAGGGGACAUGACGUGUGAUGAAAAUAGUUAUCAGCCUGUCUGGGUUAGGUCCGGUUUUUGUAGACUUAUUGUUAAACUACUAGAUACUGAGUUAUCUAUCGCCCAGUAA